AUGACCGUGUCCAUUCAGGUCCAGCAUCCGUCGACAGAUGAAGGGCUCAGCCUGUGCCACAGCGUUCUGUGCCACAGCGUUCUGUGCCACAGCGUUCUGUGCUGCAGCGUUCUGUGCCACAGCGUCCUGUGCUGCAGCGUUCUGUGCCGCAGCGUUCUGUGCUGCAGCGUUCUGUGCCACAGCGUCCUGUGCUGCAGCGUUCUGUGCCGCAGCGUUCUGUGCUGCAGCGUUCUGUGCCGCAGCGUUCUGUGCUGCAGCGUUCUGUGCCACAGCGUCCUGUGCUGCAGCGUUCUGUGCCACAGCGUCCUGUGCUGCAGCGUUCUGUGCCGCAGCGUUCUGUGCUGCAGCGUUCUGUGCCACAGCGUUCUGUGCUGCAGCGUUCUGUGCCACAGCGUCCUGUGCUGCAGCGUUCUGUGCCGCAGCGUUCUGUGCUGCAGCGUUCUGUGCUGCAGCGUUCUGUGCUGCAGCGUUCUGUGCCACAGCGUCCUGUGCUGCAGCGUCCUGUGCUGCAGCGUUCUGUGCCGCAGCGUUCUCAUCUCCGCCCUUUUUAGCAAACGUAAGCCCGACUGGACCAACAGCGAGUCUCUGAAGACUGAGGGAGACAAAACAAAACACAAUCCGACGCACUCCAGCACCCUGAGCUCAAAACUUCACUAA